UGAGCGUGGAUGUGGUAGCGGAGCCGCAGCGGGGGGAAGGAGCCGUGCGCGGGUCACAGGGAGCGGGCGAGACCGCGUUAAACACCAGAGUCACCGCGGCUGGACUUCGGACUCGCUCAUGGCUUCUCUGGGCAGCGCGGAGCGGCGAGCCUUCGCGCUGAAGAUCAACAGACACUCCUCUGCAGAGAUCAGACGUCAUUUCAGCGGGAACUAUGGCUUUCAACACAGCCGGAGCAACUCUAAUGCUUCGGCCUCGGCCUGUCUCACUGUGCCUCCGACGUAUGACGCAGUGGAGCCUUUGGACCUGGAGGAGUUUCUGAUGUCACAGUUGAAAAGUGGAGACGCAGCUCUGAUGCAAGAACUUGGAGACUUUCCCGACGAUGACCUGAAAGUGGAGUUGGUGGAGAAGGAGCAUCGCACCACUCGGCACUCUGUCCCAGAGGAAGGAGUGGAGUUGGAUCCUCAUGUAAGAGACUGCAUUAAGAGUUACACACAGCCAUGGCUUGUAGUCUCCAGAAGGUGCCAGGGGGAUGGCUGGAGCACGUAUUCAGAGCGAGCUGGCCUGCACAAACUCCUGCAGAAACAAGUCUUUGAGUCUGACGCUCAGCCAGAAACAACAGACAAACCAGUCAAGUCUCCAACUCUAGCAAGGCUGAAUGAUGAUUCUGGCCGCACGUUAACCUCAUCUGAUUUCAACUUGAGAUGUUUGGCCCCGGACCAGAGAGUGGAGGGACUGCUGGCCUUCAGCAGCCAUGAUGAGCUAGACCGCUUCCACCAGGAGGCACGGCAGGGAAAUAGGCACCCUGAGCUGUUUGCUCUUUAUCCACCAAUUGAUGAGGAAGAUGCUGUGGAAAUCAGGCCCAUUCCUGACUGCCCUAAAGAACACAUUGGAGAACGCAUCAUGAUCCGAUGCCAAGCCCUAAAGUUUGAAAUUGACAUUGAGCCCAUAUUUGCUACCAUGGCCUUAUAUGACUUGAAAGAAAAGAAAAAGAUAUCAGAAAACUUCUACUACGAUCUCAAUUCAGAACAGUUUAAAAACUUCCUGAAACCCCACACCCCACAUGUGGAUUCCUCCACCCUGGCCCGAUCUGCCAUCUUCUCCAUCACCUACCCUUCUCCAGACAUAUUCCUGGUCAUCAAGAUUGAGAAGGUUCUUCAGCAAGGAGAGAUCGGUGACUGUGCAGAUCCUUACACAACACUGCGGGAAUGUGACACAAAGAACAAGGACAAACUUGAGAAGUUGCGAGGCCAGACGGAGGCGUUCUGCCACAGACUGGGACGUUACCGCAUGCCUUUCGCUUGGGGAACUGUUAAUAUCAUGGACGUCGUCUCUCGUGCCUCUAUAGACCAGGACGUCGCAGACUCUGACAGCGUAAAAGGAGGUAAAUCUAGCAGUAUGGAUCGACGAUUGCAGCUUCCCAGGAGGAACUCUGAGCGUUUCACUACUAUGGAUGACCAGUUUCUUAACGUUUCUGCCUUCAAACCGUCAGCCAUCACAAUCCCCACCAUCUUCAAACAGGAGGGAGAUCGUCUGAGUGACGAGGAUUUGCUGAAGUUCCUGGCUGAUAUUAAGAAAAACUCCACUCCACAGAGAAGAGUCAAGACCAUACCAGGCGUCAUCAAACUGGACAUGUGUCCAGUCCACGACACGCCACCGGCCUGUUUGUCGCCUGAACUUAUCCCUCUUAUCCCAGUGGCUGAGAAAAACAUUCGGCCAUUUAAAGAGGUGUUGGAGUUCCCCUCCAGUGAGGUUUAUGUCCCUCACAACAUUUACAGGAACUUGCUCUAUAUCUACCCCCAGAGGCUAAACUUUGUCAACAGACUCACAUCAGCAAGAAACAUCACCAUCAAAAUCCAGUUUAUGUGUGGAGAAGACCCGAGUUGCUCUAUGCCUGUCAUUUUUGGGAAAUCAGGUGGCCCUGAGUUCUUACAAGAAGUUUACACUCCUAUUACCUACCAUAAUAAGUCUCCGGACUUCUAUGAAGAAGUGAAGAUUGCUCUUCCAGCCCGUCUGACCGAGAGACAUCAUCUGCUGUUCACUUUUUAUCACAUCAGCUGCCAGCAGAAACAGAACCAGAGUGGCAACUGUGAGACUCUCAUUGGAUACUCUUGGCUGCCCAUCUUUAUCAGUGACCGGCUGCAGACCGGUCAGUUCUGUCUGCCCAUCAUCUUGGACCGUCUUCCUGUAAACUACUCGUUGCACACACCAGAGAAACUUCCCACUCAGGCUCCGCCUGUUAAAUGGAUGGAGAGUCACAAAGGUCUUUUCAACCUCGAGAUCCAGGCUGUGUCAUCUGUACACACUCAGGACAACCACCUGGAGCGUUUUUUCACCCUCUGCCAUGCACUGGAGGGUGGAGCGAUGUUCCCUCUACGGGUCAGGGAGGAGAAGAUUCCAGAGAACAAGCUGGAGCAUGAACUGAAGCUCAGCAUCAUAUCCCUGUCCUCCUCUGGGUUAGAGCCUCUGGUCCUCUUCCUCCACCGGGUGCUGGAUAAACUUUUCACCCUCAUCAUGCAGCCCAUGGUAAUCGCUGGCCAGACCGCCAAUCUGUCACAGAUAGCCUUCGAAUCGGUAGUGUCUAUUGUCAACAGUCUUCAUAACAGCCAGGAGCUGGUCAGGGACCAGCUGGGGAGAAACAGCUUAUUGGCAACUUACCUGUAUUGGGUCUUACGUCUGCCCGAUCCACCUUGUGACGUGCAGAACGCAGGUCCAGGGGUUUCGAUACCUGCGACAGAGAGCCGUUACAGCACCAUGGGUCGGGCCACGGCUGCCACAGUUGCAAGUACGCUUCUCGGGUCCAGGAUCCGGAGCAGUAGCAACCCGGACAUUCCUGGUCCACACUGCUCUGCUGAAGAUGCUGAGGUCAAGAGCAUCCUCGCUGCCAAGGGCCUCAACAACCCGGGCAGCCGCAUGUCCACCUAUGUGGAUGUAAACAACCAUCAGAGUCCCACAGGAAGCACCAGACCCUCCAACAGAAAGCUGUUUCAUGAAGAGUUGGCCUUACAGAUGGUCGUCAGCACUGGUGUCUGCAGAGAAAACGCUUACAAAUAUGCCUGGUUUUUCUUUGAGCUGCUGGUGAAGAGCAUGGCCCAACAUGUCUCUCAGCUGGACAAACACAGUGUUCCUCGAAGAAGCCGUUUCUCUGACCGGUUUAAAGAUGACAUAACUACCAUUGUGUCUGUGGUUACGGCUGAGAUUUGCACGAUUCUUGUCAAACAGCAAAAGGAGCUAGAGCAAGCAGAGAAAGUCAACAUCAGCCUGGCCUUCUUCCUUUACGACCUGAUGUCCCUCAUGGACCGAGGAUUUGUCUUUAAUCUGGUGAAAAACUAUUGCAACCAGAUGUCAGCAAAGAGCAUGUCAAUGCCGACAUUGAUCAGCAUGCGUCUGGAAUUCCUGCGAAUCCUGUGCAGCCACGAGCACUACCUCAACCUGAGCCUGUUCUUCAGCAGCCCUGCCUCUGCUCCUGCCUCACCAUGUCCAUCCAUUUCCUCGCAGAGUUCCGGCUCAUGUAGUUUCCAGGAGCAACAAAGGAUUUUGGCGUUGUUUGAUCUCUCUCAGGAAUUCAAGCAGCAGCAUUACCUUGCUGGUCUGCUGCUGACAGAACUUAGUGCAGCCCUAGACAUGGAGUCAGAGGGGGGAAAAGUUCAGAGAAGGGCCAUCAAUGCAAUUAACAGCUUACUUUGUUCCCAUGAUCUGGACCAUCGCUGUGUCAAACCUGAGGUCAGAGCCAAGGUGGCUGCUCUCUACCUUCCCCUCGUAGGGAUCAUAAUAGACUCCACCAACUACCUGGAUUUCACUGUUUCUGACACACGUGGUGGGAAAAACAAGACAGGUGAAGCCGAGGAUGACCUUGAUAAUGUCCCACCCAUCAAUACGUCUGUUGCCAUGGCAAUCGCUGGCAACCCCUUCAACACCCUUGGUCGGAAUGUGCUCGUCUCCAUGGCAUCCUUGCAAAGUAAAUCCAUUGCCACUCUGGCAGCAGACAGCAGUCGCCACCUGUUGGCGUGCUUUCUGUGGGUGAUGAAGAAUGCAGAUAGGAGCCUGAUUCAGCGCUGGACCGUGGAUAUGCCUCCCUCACAGCUCAACAAACUGCUGGAGCUCCUCACAAUCUGUCUGUCCUGCUUUGAGUACAGGGGUAAGCAGAGUACUGACAAGGUGAGCACCCAGGCCUUGCAGAAAUCUCAGCAGGCCAAACUGCAGCUGGAGGAAGCCCUGCUGAGAGGAAUGGGAGCCCGCGGGGAAAUGAUGAAACGAGUUGGAGGAAUGGACAGGACUUUGGGUCAGAGAGAGAACCUGCGCUGGAGGAAAGACCUCACUCAGUGGAGACAAACGAAUGACAGACAGGAUAAAACUAAAGCGGAGUUAGACCAAGAGGCUGUAAUCAGUGGGAACUUGGCCACAGAGACAAGCCUCAUAGUGUUGGACCUGCUGGAGACCAUUAUACAGGCGGUGCCAUUGGCCGAUUGUAAGGACAGCGUAGUUGGCGGAGUGUUGAAAGUGCUACUCCACUCUCUCACCUGCAACCAGAGCACUACUUUCCUCUCUCACACUUUCAGCACGCUCAGAGCACUUGUGGUCAAGUUUGGAGACCUGUUGUUUGAGGAGGAGGCGGAGCAGUGUGCAGACCUGUGCCAGAAGGUGCUUCAGUACUGCAGCAGCCCCGUCGAUGAGAACAGGAGCCAGGCCUGUGCCACCCUCUAUCUCAUCAUGCGGUACAGCUACAGUAAUGCCAGUAACUUCUCAAGAGUGAAGAUGCAGGUCACUAUGUCUUUAGCCUCGCUGGUAGGUAAAUCCUCAGACUUCCAAGAGGAAUACUUGCGGCGUUCCCUCCGCACCAUCUUGGCCUAUGCAGAAGAGGAUGCUGAAAUGCAGAACACUCAGCUGCCCUCACAGGUGGACGAGCUUCUAAGAAACCUCAACAGUAUUUUGUCUGACACAGUGAAGAUGAGGGAAUUUCAGGAAGAUCCUGAGAUGCUCAUGGACCUUAUGUACAGGAUAGCAAAGGGCUACCAGACGUCUCCUGACCUCCGUCUGACCUGGCUGCAGAACAUGGCAGAGAAGCACAACAACAGGAAAUGCUUCACUGAGUCGGCGAUGUGUCUGGUCCACGCUGCUGCCCUUGUGGCUGAGUACCUCAGCAUGCUGGAGGAUCACAAGUACCUCCCUGUCGGCAGCGUCACCUUCCAGAACAUCUCCCCCAACGUGUUGGAGGAGUCGGCUGUGUCAGAUGACAUCCUGUCCCCAGAUGAGGAUGGGGUGUGCUCAGGACGCUACUUCACAGAGAGUGGCUUGGUGGGAUUGCUGGAGCAGGCUGCUGAACUCUUCAGCAAUGGUGGUCUCUAUGAGGCAGUGAACGAGGUCUACAAGAUCAUCGUACCAAUUUUAGAGGCACGGAGAGAUUUCAGAAAACUGGCGUCAACACAUGACAAACUUCAAAGAGCCUUUGACAACAUAAUUCAAAAGGGCCACAAGAGGAUGUUUGGAACUUAUUUCCGUGUCGGCUUUUAUGGGGCCAAGUUCGGCGACCUGGAUGAACAGGAGUUUAUUUACAAGGAGCCUGCAAUCACACACCUGCCAGAGAUAUCACACAGGCUGGAGAACUUCUACGGUCAAUGUUUUGGAGAUGACACAUUGGUGAUGAUUAAGGACUCUACGCCAGUGGACAAAAAGCAGCUUAACCCCAAUAAGGCAUAUAUCCAGAUCACUUUUGUUGAGCCCUAUUUUGACGACUACGAGAUGAAGGACCGUCUGACGAACUUUGAGAAGAACUUCAACCUGCGGCGCUUCAUGUACACCACACCCUUCACCAAGAGCGGGCGGCCCCGGGGUGAACUCAAUGAGCAGUACAAGAGAAAGACCAUCCUCACCACCAUGGACGCCUUCCCCUAUGUCAAGACUCGAAUCAAAGUCAUCCAGAAAGAGGAGUUUUAUCUUACGCCCAUUGAGGUGGCCAUAGAGGACAUGCAGAAGAAGACGAGGGAGCUGGCAGUCGCCACACAUAGAGAACAGCCAGAUGCAAAGAUGCUGCAGAUGCUGCUUCAAGGCUCUGUGGGAGCCACUGUCAACCAGGGCCCAUUGGAGGUGGCCCAGGUCUUCCUGAAUGAGAUCCCAGCGGACCCAAAGCUCUUCCGUCACCACAAUAAACUGCGCUUGUGUUUCAAAGAGUUUAUAAUGAGGUGUGGUGAGGCUGUUGAGAAGAAUAAACACUUGAUCACAUCAGACCAGAAGGAGUACCAGCAGGAGCUGAAGAAGAACUACAAUCGGCUGAAAGAGAACCUGAGGCCUAUGCUGGAGAGAAAGAUUCCCGAGCUGUAUAAGCCCAUCAUCCGGCCUCGGCUGGAGAACAGGGAUUCUUUCAAACGCCAUAGUUUCCGAAGAACUCAUGAAGAAAGCUGCUGAAAUGCGACAUUUUGUCUGAUAGAGAAUGCUACAGAGAAGAAAAGGAGCUGGUCACCCAACGGAAGGACUAUAAAAGAAGAUUAAAAGAACUGCUGGUGUACCUCUGAAGUCUUCUGCGCUGGAGGAGUGUCCAAAACUGAGGACUCUGGUUUUCUCUGGAGUCCAGCACUUUUGUAAUAAUGCCUGCUGCAUGUCUUCUUUUACGAUAUCAUGUUUUUUUGUUUUGUAGCAGGAAACAAAAGGAUACCGAGUACAUAAAAACACAGGGAGUGCGAUUCACAGGCAAAUUGUAGCUUUUUGAGCAUUUCAAUGUAAAGUAUUCAAGUCCUUCUAGUGCUGCAAACAUUUCCCCUGGUUUAGUAAAGCAGCUCAGCUUCAGCUCUUUCUGGUCUGGGGCUUGUAUGUCUGCAAACAAUGCUUGUGUCCUGAGUGCACAUGUAUAUAAAUGCUUGAACGAAAGGCUUUAUUUACAUAAUCAUUUGAGUAGAAGUUUUUUGUUCCAAACUGAAAACUCAGUGAUCAAAAAUUCAGUCUUUUUUUUUUUUUUUAAACACUUGGAAGUUUCUUAAAAUCUACUCUUGGCAACUAUGCGUGACAUGUGCUAGUUAUAUCAGAAAGCGUGUGGGUGGAUUUGUGCACUGAAAAAAUAGGUACAAUUUAUUGUCGUCACUCUGAAGGCCAUUGUUGCCUUUAACAGCUGGACACACUGUACUUGGAUAUGAAAAUAACAAGAGUUUAACUAUUCUCAGAAGGUACAGAGGCUCUUCUGAGUUCCAUCUGAGAAAUAAAAUCUAAAUGUUGUGUAUAUAGUAGAGUUGUUGCAUCAAACGAUGAACAAGGUGUUUACAAGAUUAUGAAAUAGUUUUUUUUUUCCUUUUCAUUAUCUUAAAAUAUAUUUUUAGACAAAGAACAAUAAGCUUAAUUAGGAAAGAAAUAUUCAUUAUAGUGAAACUGAGUGUGCUGUAAAGAUCUGUUCCAAUGUUUCGAUAGACGUUUGUAUAUUGACUACUUCCUAUGAUACACUUGGUGCCAAUUUUUUUUUUUUUUUUACAGCAGAGCUGGGAAACUAAGCUCGGCCUGCAAUAUUUUGAGUCACUCCACACAGCUGUGCUUUUUAAAGCAAAUUAUGUUUCUCCCAUAUGACAAAAUACAUUCCAGAAGAGAUAUUUAUUGCUGCUUCUAAUUAUCGGAAGGUGACAACCUUACUUUUAAUCAGACAUCCAUGAAAUAGCUCAUCUCAUUGGUGUUAUGUUACAGUUCAUACAUUGUGUAAGAAAUGUAAAUGUUCUUAGUGCUUCAAAGAUGGAAAUAAAUUUGAGAUACAUUAUUAAUCUUCUUUUGAAUAGUGUUUCUUGAGAUUUAUUAGCUGUUUAAUUUUUUUGUGAUUUAGUAAAAUAAAAGAGUUAUGCAACUUGGAUAUCAUGUGAGUAUUGAUGAAAAUGCUUACCUAUUUUUGGAACAUUCUGGAAGCUAGUAUUAUAGGAUAUAUUGGUGGCAUUCAACCAGAGGAGACUGUAUGGGUCAGUUCUUUUCGUACAUUUUGUUUCAUUAAAUGUUGAAUUUGUACUUUUGAUGCAUACAAUGUUGUUGAAACAGAAUAAAACUUAAUAUAUGCACACUGUCA